AUGAAAGUGACCAACCAACUAUAUGAUUUUAUUAGUAUGAGAUAUGCAUUCUUCUCUGAAGUUGGCAUUGGGAUCUCAGCCAACACCAUCCUUCUUCUCUUCCGCAUCUUCACGCUCCUUCUCCAGCACAGGCUGAAGCCCACUGACCUCAUCAUUUGUCUCUUGGCCUUAAUCCACAUAGGGAUGCUGAUAAUUAUGGGGUUCAUAACUACAGAUGUUUUUGUGCCUCAGAAUAUUUGGGAUGACAUAAAAUGUAAAGUACUAAUCUAUUUGUACAAGUUUUUGAGGGGCCUCUCAAUUUGUGCCACCUGCCUGCUGAGUGUCCUCCAGGCCAUCACCCUCAGCCCCAGAAGCUCCUGCCUGGAAAAGUUCAAAUAUAAACCUCCAUAUCAGAUUUUGUGUUCCCUUGUGUUCCUGUGGGUCUUCUAUAUGUCCUUUAGUGCUCACUUCUCAUUCUCUUCUACUGUCAUCCUCAAUGUGACUUCACAUGGUCUUAUAUUUAUUACUGAAUCCUGCAUGAUUUUACCAAUGAGUUACUUCCUCAGGCAUUUAUUUUUUAUACUAGGUGCAUUCCGGGAUGUCUUUCUUAUAGGGCUCAUGGCCCUCUCGAGUGGGUACAUGGUGACCCUCUUGGUCAGGCAUAAGAGGCACAUCCAGCAACUUCACAGUACCUGCCCUUCUCCAAAAGCAUCCCCUGUACAGAGGGCCACCUGGAUCAUCCUUCUUCUCAUGAGUUUCUUUGUGUUCAUGUACUGUUUGGACUGCAUCUUCUCCUCUUCAAGAACUAUGUGGAACAAUGACCCUGUUUGUCUUUCUAUCCAGAUGAUGGUGGCAAGUGGCUAUGCCACAACAAGUCCUUUUCUGCUCCUCUGUACUGAAAAACAAAUUAUUCACUUGUUGAAAUGGUUUUGGGGGAAGAUAGUAUAUAUUUAA